AUGCUACGCCGUCUAGCCUCGCUUAGCCACCAAGACCCCGAGACUUCACAAGAGCACAUGUUAAUGUCCCCGCAGCCAGGAGAUGUUCCAUCGUCACCAGAUUCAUCCCGUCAGGGAGGCCUCGCCAACGUCUUACGGGGCCUAACAAGCUCAAAGCUCUCCAAGUCAUCGCCGUCUAUUGCUUCACCAUCAUCCUCGGCCGCCAUACCCACUGCUGAGUUCGUCCAUGCUACUUCUGCGAACCUGUCUCAAAGGCUGUCGCCAAGCCACAUGGAGUCCUUCGAACUUCUCAAGAACGGCUCUCUCAAUGAGCGUAUCGCCGCUGCCAACUCCCUGCGGUUCUCUAUUUCUGAGUACCCCCUCAAUCCCGUCCUGGAUAUCUGGUAUGCUGCGAAGGACCUUAUCGAUCCGGCAAAACCCGCCACUGCCCGUACCGCCGGCUGGGAGCUUCUGACCGAGUGUGUCAAGCAUGCUGCCUCCACCGAUCUUGAGCGCCAGGAGUACUUCACGACACUGUCUUCACCCGCACACUCGGAUGAUUUUCACCUUCAACUAGCAGCUCUUGUCGACCUUACGCAUCAUGGCCGCGUCCUGACUGGCUUCGACUAUGAACUUAUCCCUUUGCUGACCAGUUGGCUCCGGGAAACCUACAACACGGUGCGACUGGCUCCGCGCAAGGCCGCAAGAAGCAAUAAGAGCUCAACGAAAAGCCGGGUGGCCACCCCCGGAGAAGAGAAGAACCUCUCCCAGCUCUUUGCUUUCUUGAUUGAUGUGACCAAAUUCAGCUUCAACAAUGCUGACGAGACCACCGUUGUCAACUUGAUCGACAGGCUUUUAGCCAUUUGUGUAUCCACCAAUUCGGAGGAUGACCUGAGAUCGAGCAUCGCUGUCAUUGACACUAUUGUGACUUUUGGCUCUAUACCCGACUUGAAACUCAGGGGUUGCAUCCAAGUUCUGGGCUCAAUCUAUUGCAUGGUCGGAAAACUCCAAAAGCCUGCUUGGCACACUCUUUCCAAUCUCUGCAAGUCCCACAAUGGUCAUCUCACCAUCCGCAUCUUGCUCGACAUUCUGCGCAACAAUUCUGCGGAUGGCAUCAAGGAAAAGGAUGCCAAUCGGGAGAUUCGUGGCGCCCUCGCCGUCCUACAGAAACUACUAUCGAAGAACCUAGAGAAAGGAUACCCGCCUGUCCCAUAUGCCUUGUUAGCCGAUGGACUCUCCACAAUUGCCAAGACAACAUCUUCUGUCAGGACUUGUGUCGCUGCCCUCCAGCUCAUCAACGCCCUGUUCGACGAUGGACAAGGUAACAUCCACCGCUUAAUCGUCGAUGAGGAUUGGUCAGUGAUUCUGGAUGCCGCCUCAGAAUGCUCCAAGAGAGCGUCUGCUGAGCAUUAUGAGGUGGAUAGACUUCGCAUACACUCGAGAGACGAGCGCCCAGAAGAUUUUGUGAGUCGGGAGCUCAUCUCUCUCAUCAAGCGACUCGACGUCCUUGUAAAUCAAAAGACUGGUGACUUCGUCCCUCGGCAAAUCGUCGUCAAAUUUCUCACCGAAGUUCAUCAACUACUUCCUGAUGCGACGGUAUCUGCAGUGCUUGACUACUUCCAACAAUUCAGGUGCUGCUCUCCGUCAGACCUUUACUGGGAAGACAAUUUGGCGUUGGUCUUGAAGGGUUUCUUUUGCAAUCGGGACCGAUCGUCCAAUAUCCGACUCCGAGCUCUAGAAACCAUCAUGGACGCAUACGAAAUCGUCGACCUCGUCGGUGAUGAUCCUGAACAGAGAUUCAUCCCACAUCUAGCCAAGAGUAUCCUUCAGGAUGUGGCAGAAGAAACCGAUGUGCUGGUUCUUGAAGCCAUCAUGUCAUUGAUGAUUUCCGUUGUAGCAUCAUGUGAAAUGGAACUCUUUGAUUAUAUCAUCGAUGCUUUGAGAGGUAUUGUCGUGAGCGAUCGAUUGAAAUCGCCGAUCUCUUCCUCGGCCUCGCCGAAUCCUUUCGCUUCCCCUCCUUCCCACGAAUCCAAUUCUGUACCAGAGCAGUCACCGUCGAACGUGGUGGCAAAGGGAUAUGUAAAAAUGUUUGUGCAAACGAUGGAAUAUCACAGCGCAAAGAGUAUCCGCCUGUUCAAUGCCUUAGUCAACAUUGCAAAAUCCAAUCAUUGCGAGGUGGAUGCCCGGUUGACUACCAUGAAACUCUUGUUUCGGUUACGGGGGGACUGGGCUAAUCGGAUUUUCAUCACAAAGGUCCUCGAGACCAAUUUCCUUGCGCCUUCCCUUUGCCGCACGGAAGAUUCCUUUGCCAAGAGGCAGGCAGAAGAAGCUGCCCAAGCACAGCGGCUAUCGAGAAGUGAGCAUGGUAGCGCUUCGCGAUCCUCGCGGGGUGUCUCAUUUGGACAGGGUCAGGCCAAUGAAAGGGGCCUUCCAGUUCGAUCUGGCAGCGGUGCCGGUAUCAAGAGCAACUCGGGUCGAUACCAUCAGCUAUGGAGACUCCCGGAUCCAGAUGCCUUACCAGCAGGCGUCACUGGAGCUGUCAGCCCGGUGUUAGUCUCUCAUGUUCCACAAUCGAGUGAUGUUGAUUUCGACGAGUCAGAGGAUAAUUCAGCCGAAGGCACAAAUCAUGUUGGAUCUGUCGCACUGAAUAUUCCCGUUUGGCUCGAGGCUGUCCUAAGCCUUCUUCAUGGGUGCGAUUGGGAGGUCUACAGCUUCGUAUUGGUCCACCUUCCGUCGCAGCUGAGCAACCAUGCUCUAUUUCGAGAUGCGAUCCCGCAGAUUCAGGAGCUACGGCGACUUAUCUGCGAACAAAUCUGGAAAAACAGCUUCCAAGAGCCACCGAAUGCAUCAGGCUUGCGUCGAGCUGAUGUGGCUAUCUGCCUCUUCCACAGCUUGACGAUGAUCCUGAGUUAUCACGUCUAUUUCCAGAAAGGAGAGGAAGACGAAAUCGUGAGGUCAUUUGUUCAUGGCAUCGCGACCUGGGAGCGAAGCGCAAAGUGCUGCAUCCAUGCCUUGUCGAUUUGUUGCCACGAGCUUCCACUUUCGACGAGCAAAUCACUGGUUCAGUUGUUGACCAAAAUGUCUACAAUCAUUACCCAGCCUCAUGUUUCGAUCCACAUCCUCGAAUUUCUCGCCACCCUCAGUCGACAACACAAUGUAUACGUCAAUUUCCGAGAGGAGGAGUACAGGAUUGUCUUCGGCAUCUGCAUUCGAUACCUACAAUCUGUGCGGGACAAGAAAGAGUCCAACCGGAACAGCCACGUGAGCGAACCAUCAACCCCGGCAACCUCAACUCCGAAUCUCGCCGAAGCGACGCACCCAAGUGCAACAGACGACCUUCCACAAUAUGUAUAUGCUCUUGCGUACCAUGUGAUUCUUUUCUGGUUCCUUGCCCUGAAGCUCCCCGAUCGGGCGAGCCUUGUCGGGUGGAUUGUUCGGAACCUGUUUAGUGAUUCUGAGGAUGGACAAACCGACCAUGAACAAGCAUUUACAUCCGUCGACUUCAUGCAGAGGGUCACGUAUGCAGAUGUUGAUGAGUCUUUGGAGGAUCCUCAUUUCACUGAGGACCGCUUUGGAGAGAUUGUAACGAGGAACUGGUUGGUUGGGCAUAGCAUUGUCACUGUCAUGCAGGCCACGGUCACUGGCUGGGCUCAGAUCAUUAAGAGACAGCCAUCUGGGACUUCAGUAUAUAAGAUUCGGGAAACCUUCAACCCACCUCCGCCACAUCAAACCCAGAACUAUGUCGACAUUACGAGAGAGGGUCAGGGAUCGACCAACACGGUUCUUCCGAGUCACUUAUUGAUUCAGCUGCUUUCCUCAUUUCCGCAAAGCAAUGAACUUGGACGACCCUUUCCCUUGCCCGAUGAGGAGUAUGUGGACAGAUUCAUUCGGGUCUUUGAUCGCAGCUCCACGGUUGAUGGCCAUAAGGUUGGCGUCAUCUACAUCGGAGAAGGCCAGACGGAUGAGGCAGAGAUCCUUGCCAAUGUGUCUGGCAGUAGCGAUUACGUGGAAUUCCUCAACAACUUGGGGACGUUGACGAAGCUGCAGGGGGCUAAGUUUAACAGCCACGGCCUAGAUCGCGACACUGGCGGUGAUGGCCAGUAUACCUUCUGCUGGCGCGAUAGGGUUACGGAAAUCGUCUUUCACGUGACGACACAAAUGCCGACGGACCUGGAGAAUGACCCGCGAUCUGACAAGAAGAAGCGGCACAUCGGUAAUGAUUUCGUCAACAUCGUAUUCAACGACUCCGGGUUGCCGUUCAGAUUUGACACGUUUCCGGGUGACUUCAACUUCGUGCACAUCGUAAUUACGCCGGCGUCUCGUGCCUCAUUUAUUGCGACAAGAGAUUCCCCCUUGGGAGGUGGGCAGCCGUUCUACCGAGUUCAGGUGAUGAGCAAACCUGGUUUCCCGGAGAUCUCGCCCGCUUCUGAGCUUAAGAUGGUCUCGUUGACUGCUCUUCCUAGCUUGAUCCGUCUGAUCGCACUCAACGCCUCCGUGUUCUCCCAAGUGUGGGCUAACCGUGAGGGCGAACAUGUUAGCUCGUGGCUAAGCCGGCUGAGGGCCAUCAAGCGGCUGCGCGAGAAGUAUACACCCAAAUUGGGCAACCUGACGCCCUCGGCAUCGCAGUCGUCGUCACUUGGUGGGCUUGCACAGCAGCAGCAAAGUGAAUCGUCAUCGAGGCCGAGCAGCACUGUGCGCGAUAGCUUUAUUAGCCUCCGCCGGACAAGUGUAGCGACCUAUUUCACAAGCGCGAGCGAGCAGACAUCUCAUCGAUCCUCAACUCUCUCCUCGUCAACCACUACAAACGACACAGAGGUUGGUACAACGCAAGGAUUAGACUCGAUGGUAGAGUCAGUGGAUUUCUCAAAGUGGGCCUGA